UAGCGUUGGCCACCAGUUUCCUUGAAGUGGUCGCCGUGUUAACACUGAAGUCUAAAAUAGCCCAGCCGCACUGUGCCUUUGUUAGCGACUGUCUAGUGAUAUUUGCAGAUUCUUCUCGAGCGGAUCGAGCCGGAGCGUAUUUUGUGGCCAUUAAAGUGCUCUCGAGUUAGCUGUCUACGUUUGGGAAAGCAGUGAAAGGCUAUUAAGCCCAACUAAAAGAAUGUUCCUUCUAGCGGCCCUUUGUUUGGCCCUGGCCUCGGUGGGUGGCCUGGCCAAGCCCUUGGAGCCCCAUGCGCAGCACAUAGUCAUCGUGACGCCGCAGGCUCAGGUGCAUCUAGAGCCUGCUCUCCGCUAUGUCCAUGGCCUUUCACCCUUGGCCCGAGUGGCGGCGCCGCCCUACCACGAGGAGACGAUUGUUUAUGUCCCGGCCGGAACUGCUGCCCAAGUGUCGCCUGUGGUCGAAUCUGUGGGCUCCGGCAGAGCGGACGGUGCUCCGGCCACCAAGCAGCAGUGGGAGGGCGUGCAGGAGAACAUCAACCAGAUCCAGCAGCAGGCUCAGCAGGGCGUCGAGAUUGUGAGUGGCCAGUUCGGAGAGGCAGCCGCUGCGGCAGCCUCCACUGGUGCCAACUUCUUCCCGUCCCUGUUCCCUCCCAGCGGUUCCAAGAAGGAGGAGCAGCUGCUGAAGACCGAGGAGAAGAUUCAACUGAUCGAGACUCCGGCCAACACUCAGCCCCUGAUUCCGGCCCCCGAGGCCAGGCACUUCUAUAGCCUGCCGCAGGUCUUCCACACCCCGGUGGUGGAUGUGGUGCAUACCCCGGUCUACACCUGGCCCAUUUCGGCCAUCAGGGCUCGUAGCAUCCAGGAGCCACAGCUGGCUGAGCAGGCUGCCGAACAGACUGCAGCCGAGCCCCAAGCCCUGAAGCAGAUUGUGGCCAUCAAGGAGGAACUGCCGCAGCCGACCCUGGCCCAGGCAGAGAUCCAGCCGGAGAUUCAGCCUCAGGCCUUGUUGAAGGAGCAGCCGCUUCUGAAGGAGCAGCCCCAGCCUCUGCUGAAGGAGCAGCCCUUGGAGCAGCCCAUCCAGGAGACAAAGCAGCCAAUUGUCGAAGCCCUUCAAGAGCCGAAGGCUGAGAUUGCAGGACGUCUGCUGGAGAGCAAUGCCAUUAAGCAGGAGCUGCAGAGUGCCGAGUUGGCCAAGGAGCCGAUUAAGGAAGAAAUUAAGUUACAGCCCCAGGAGGAGCCCUUGAUUAAGACCAUUCCGGCUGCUCCUGCUGCCGAGCCCUUAACCAAGACCAUACCCUCCACUGAGCCGCUCCAGGCUGAGCAGCCCAAGCAGGAGCAGCAGCAGAUCCAACAGAUCCAGCCGGCGCAGCCUGCCGAGAUUAUUGCCGAUGCCAUUUUGCCACAGGCUUAGUUAACUGGAAUCACUGUAUCUAUGUAUCUCAACCUAUUUGGGUAGCUUUGGUUCUUCGACUGAAUAAUAUAACUGGCCUGGUCCGCACCAGAACGGACCUUGCCAAGGGGUAUCCUCCCACACCACACACACAAACACACCCACCUACAACCGUAUGUUUAGGUACUAACAAUCACAAGACACAAGAGCAUCCGCAUUUUCCAUUUUCCAGACAUUAAUUAACAAACUGAAGCGCAGCAAGACAGAGACAUUCAUUCGUUCAUAAUUAUCAUCACGAAACGUUCGUAUUCAUCAUCAUCAUUACAUAUUCAUUAACCAUAACAUUGAAAACGUAAAACAGAACAAUAAAAAAGUGAAUGUAAAAUGUA